UGCUCUCUUCCCACAAUGCAACCCAAUCUCAGCGGGAAAGCAAAAUGGCGAACGUGCUACGCUGGGGGAGGACGAGCCGCUUGUAAUUUCCAAAAUAAAAACUAACAAACACAUAUACGAUUGUGCAUCCCGGGACGGCGCGGCGGAGCUGCCGGCGGAGAAAGGAAGCGCGGCGCGGCGGUGGGGGGACGCGCAUUAUCGGUCCAGGCCGAUUGUUUUUAAUAUAUGAAGCGUUUUGACCCUCUUAAGUGACCGAAUGAGAGACACGGCGGAAGCCGAGAACCUGCCUGCCCAUCUGAAAGCGCAUUCCCGCAGCCAGCUGAAGUCAGCCUUGUCUCUGGCCAAGGUCUCAUUUAAGGAUGGGCCAAAGAGCGCCACCAAGCUCGCUAGCAAAUUCGAGGAGGGCCAGGAUGUCCUAGCACGAUGGUCCGAUGGCCUCUAUUAUCUCGGAACAAUCAAAAAGAUAAACAAACACAAGCACCGCUGUUUCGUUGUCUUCGAAGAUCGCUCAAAAUCCUGGGUCCUUUGGAAGGAUAUUCAGACAGGGGCCGGCGGUGGGGGUGGGGCAGAGAUGGUCUGCACCAUUUGCCAGGAGGAGAGUUCCGAGGCUCCUAACGAGAUGGUCAUUUGCGACAACUGCGGCCAAGGUUACCACCAGCUGUGCCACACCCCCAACAUCGACUCCAGCGUGAUUGGCUCCGAUGAGAAGUGGCGAUGUCGGCAGUGCGUGUUUGCCACCACCACGAAGAGGGGAGGCGCGCUGAAGAAGGGGCCCAACGCCAAAGCCUUGCAGGAGAUGAAGCUUUCGCUGCCCUACGCCCUGCAGGACCUGGUGUGGGACCAGGGGCACAAGACCAACCUGCAGCAGUGUUACUGCUACUGCGGGGGCCCUGGGGACUGGUAUCUGAAGAUGCUGCAGUGCAGUCAGUGCAAACAGUGGUUCCAUGAGGCGUGUAUCCAGUGCUUUCAGAAGCCCAUGCUGUUCGGAGACAGGUUCUAUCUAUUUAUUUGUUCAGUUUGCAAUUCUGGACCGGAGUACCUCAAACGUCUUCCCCUGCAGUGGGCAGACGUGGCUCACCUGAGCCUUUACAACCUCAGCGUCAUUCACAAAAAGAAAUACUUUGAUUCGGAGCUGGAACUUAUGACCUACAUCAACGAGAACUGGGACAGAUUACAGCUCGGGGAGCUUGGGGACACUCCUAAAUCAGAGCGAUACGACAGCAUCCUGGAAGCGUUGAAUAGCAAUCACACCAUGUUUAUGUCUGGAAAAGAGAUAAAGAAGAAGAAGCAUCUGUUUGGCCUGCGGAUCCGCUUCCCGCCGGCACCCAAGAACACGGACCUCCAGGCUGAUCGAGAGCCGGAGAAAGCGUCUCAUGAAAUCAAGAUAAAGGGCCGCAAGUCCAGCAAACCCAUCCUGGCGCCCAGUGAGAUGACCAAUGGAGUGGCAAAGAAGGGGAAGAGGAAGCGUCCCGGCCAUUCUCUGGAGACCCUGGCCAAGCUGAGGAGGUCCAGCGAGCUUCUAGCUCAGGAAGACGUUAAGCCCUCAAUGCUGGAGAACAGCCCACUGCACCUACUGGCCCCUAAGAGCAGCAAAACUGAGAAAUCAGCACCUUCUUCAAGUACCUCAGACGUGGAGUCCGUCGGUGCUGUGAGCACCAGUGAAACUACCUCAACCAGCGUCUCCGUGCAGUCCAGCCUGUGUGGCUCCAGCCGGACACGUGCUGGCCGCCUGUGGCCCAUCGCACAGCCCACCCUACGCCGCGGGCGCAGACGGGGGCGGCCUCGCCGAGCCCUGCAGCCCCCCAACCCGGAGAUCCCGCUGGAACCAGAGGCCUCCGCCACUGCCGCUGCUGCUGCCGCUGCCGCUCCCUGCCCCCUGCCGGGGCUCCACACGGACAUUGUGCGAGGGCUGGACCAAGAGUCACAGCUCAGCCACCUGAAGAGUUCCAUCUCCAGCUACUUUGGCGCCGCCGGGCGCAUGGCAUGCGGGGAGAAGUACCGCGUCUUGGCCCGGCGGGUCACCCUCGACGGGAAAGUGCAGUACCUUGUGGAGUGGGAGGGGGUCACUGCCUCAUAAGCUGAACAUGCUGCGUGUUUAUCUGUUUGUAGAGGCCUCCGGGGGGGGGGGGGGGGUGGUAUGGUCUAUUUGUGCCCAGUAAGAUGAUUGAUUUGUCUUAAAUUGUUUCAGGACGUAGUUGUGACAGAUUAACAUUCUGGGGUGAUACCAGCUACGUGAAUGUAAGCCGUGAUGGGAUUUUUGUUCCUUGGACACAGAGGGGGGGUUGUGUUUGACAAAAUUGAACAUGUGCUGCUGUGGACUGGUGUCUAACAUGCCCGGAACACUGUUUUGCUGUCUGAUUAUGCCUUGGGGGGGUGGUAGUUGUUGGUCAAGCCCAUUGAUGUUGCGUUACUCUGAUUGCACAUAACAAACACAGCUUGUUAGAGGGUAAUUUUAAUUUUUUUAUUUUAUUUUUUCCCCCUCCCUUUAAUGCAGAUUUUUAUUCACUCGCAUUGGCAACUGGAACAAGGCAUUGAUUGGUUUUCAUGUCUGAUAGCUAAUGAGUAGCAGUAUUACAGCAUUGUGUAAAUGUCGGUAUUACGCAAAGGAAAAUGACGUUAUCUAACAUGCAGGUAACAGUGAGUUAACUUCAAAGACCUACAUUUUAAGACCUGAGUUGACUUCCCAGUUUAUGCAAAUGUUCACUUGCUACUCACCAUUGUAGCAUUUCGACAUUUCAGAGUUUUGUAUUUUGUUCAUUCGUGUGAACCUGCCAUGAAUGUGGGGAUUGAUAUGCAGUCAGUAUAUGGUCAUUUAUGUAAAUAAUGCUCUUUUUCUGCACUUCUGAAUUGUGAAAUGAAACUUAUUUGACACUUA